CCCCUUUCCACCCCGUUGUUUCUGAUACUGGACGAUGCAACCUAUCCGUGCGUGCCCUCACAUACACAAGAUACUGAGGUGAUCGCAUUUCAUUGCAUUUUCUCCUGGCAUACCCGGAAGGUCUCGAAAAUAAGAUUAUCGAGACUGGUGACACACGGCUCGGAACACAUACAUACCCAAGCGAAGGGCCAACGUUUCGCUUUUACUUUGUCCUCGAUGAUGGCAGCUCAGGAUUUCAAUUUUUUACUAGCGACGGACUCUUAUAAGAUUACCCACUACAAGCAAUACCCACCCAAUGUCAAUAAAGUGUACUCCUAUUUCGAGUGUCGGCACAAAAAGGGGGGGCAGCAUAACGAGGUGGUGUUUUUUGGCCUCCAGUAUCUUCUAAAGAAGUACCUAGCAGGUCGAGUUGUCACAGAGGAAAAGAUUCAGGAGGCGAAAGUCUUUUAUCAGUUGCACUUUAAACAGUCAGUGUUCGAUGAAGAGGGAUGGAGGAAAGUUUUAGAGAAAUAUGAUGGCCGCCUUCCAAUCCGUAUCAAAGCAGUUCCCGAGGGGAAGAUCAUCCCCAGAGGGAACGUUCUUUUCACUGUGGAGAACACGGAUCCAGAUUUCUUCUGGCUCACCAAUUUUAUUGAGGUAUUACUUGUCCUUUUUUUUAGACAGUUUUUAAAAGAAGCCAAUGCAGAUAUUGCAAAUGUUGUUCUGCAAUGUCCAAAUGAAUGUUUCAGAAAUUGAAAAAAAAAAAAAACA